AUGGGCACUCUUGCAUAUUGUCAGGCAUCUGAGUUUCCAAGGGAGUAUGAUGGUGCUUGUCUGCAAAUGAGACUUUCAUAUAAUAUAGCAGCACACUUGUUCCUUUUCCUUGUGCAAUGGACCAACUGCAGUCUUGCAGGGACACUGGGUCUGCCAAGAAUGCUCAUAUACAAGGUUUAUGGUGAUGGUACCACUACAAUGUCAACACAUGAACGAAAAGCCAGCAUUAGAGAAUUUUAUGCUGUAAUAUUUCCAUCUUUAUUACAACUUGAAGGAGGGAUUAAAAAACAUGGAAGAUCGUUAAUGUGUAUACAUAAACAAAAAGCAGUAUAUAUGGAAAGAUAUAAGAAAAAGGUUGAUGAAGAGAGGGGACAACUUUCUGCACUCGAUUUGGAAUGGGAGGAAGAAUGUGGAAUAUGCAUGGAGACCAAUAGUAAGAUUGUCUUGCCUAAUUGCAACCAUGCCAUGUGCAUGAAAUACUACCAAGAAUGGCAUGCACGGGCACAGUCAUGUCCAUUUUGUCAUGAUAGUUUGAAAAGAGUAAAUUCAAGAUAUUUGUGGAUAUUUACAGAUAGUGGAGAGGUAGUGGAUAUGACAACAUUAGCAAGAAAGAACUUGAAAAGGUUGUUUAUCUAUGUUGAAAAAUUGCCACUCUUGGUUCCUGAGAAUGUAUUUAGUGUUUAUGAUGCUCAUUAUGAUUCCUGCAUCAAAUGA